AUGGUUGUUAGUGAGGAAUGGAUGUCAUAUAGAGAAGAUGAUGUAGGAAAAGCUCCAACUAUGAGGGAUUAUGUUUUGGAUGAUUUGUGGUGGGACAAGGUUGCAUAUAUUCUGAGAUUCACAGAACCUAUUUAUGAGAUGCUUCAAGUGGCUGACACGAAUGCACCUAUUCUCCAUAAGGUGUAUGAAAUGUGGGAUUCCAUGAUAGAAAAUGUGAAGAAAGAAAUAUACCGGCAUGAAGGCAAGGAAGACUAUGAGGAGUCUCCAUUCUAUGAUGUGGUACACAAUAUACUCAUUGACCGGUGGACUAAAAAUUGCACACCACUUCAUUGCCUAGCCCACUCCUUAAAUCCGAAGUAUUAUACUAGUCAAUGGAUUGAGGAAGUCAAAGGCCGUGUUGCGCCACAUAAGGAUACUGAAAUUUCAGUGGAGAGAAACAAGUGCCUUAAAAGGAUCUUUCCUGAUCCUGAUGAUUGGCAUAAUGUUAUUAAGGAGUUUGGUUUGUUUUCAUCAUUUAAGACUUAUGAUGAGGAUAACAUGGAGGAUAGGUGGAAAUUCGAUCCAAUGCUUUGGUGGUCAACUUAUGGGUCUAGUUUACCACUGCUUCAAACUUUAGCUCUAAAGCUCCUUGAACAACCUUGCUCAUCAUCCCGUGCUGAGAGGAAUUGGAGUACAUAUGGCUUCAUCCAUUCUAUGAGGAGGAAUAGAAUUACUCCUAAACGUGCUGAAGAUUUAGUGAGGAGGCCUGAGUACACUACAGGAGAAUCUAAGAAGUGGGACAUUGGUGGAGAUAAUUGGGAUGAACCAUUUGGAGGACCUGGGUUGCUUGAGAUUGCUUAUCUCACACUAGAUGAGCCAGAGAUGGAGACAAGUAUUGUUGAGAAUAAUGACUAUGUUGAUGAGGAUGAUGUUGUUGUUUUGUGA